AUGAAUAUCAUGCGGAAAUUGCGUGGUAAUAAUACUGCCACAUCCACAAGUGGUGAAAAUCCUCGGCCUUUUGAAGAUGAUUCUAGUCAACAUACUGCUCUUGGCUUAAUGCAUUUAAAGAAACUAUUUACUGAUUAUAUUCAUACAUCGCAUAUACUUACUGAUAAUGAACGGAGUACAAAACUGUACACUAUGAUUCCUUUAUUUUGCAAAGUAAAUAUUUAUUGAGUUUAUUAAUUUAAUUUAUUCAGAAUAAACUAUAAGUGUAUACAAUUUUUUUUAUAAUAGGUUUUUGGUAGAAGUCCUUGUGCAGAAAUUAUUGAAAAAUUCUGUGAUAUUAAUAGCUGGUGUUCUGAAAUGUCAGCUCUUAUGGUUGCAGAAAUUCGGCAACGGGCUUCUAAUCAAUCAACAGAAACUGCUAGUAAAGCUAUUGCUAGUUUUUUAGAAAUAGAAAAUUGUGAGGAAUCUAGUAAUGGUUGGAUGCUUUUAUCUACAUUAAAUUUAUUAGCAGCAACUAAUCAGGCUUCUCUAAUAAAAGUAUGUCUACUUACACAAUUGUUUUACAAAUUUGUUUUUAUUUUACAUUUUUUUAUUUGCAGAUAAUGGUAUCAGCUUCUCUUCCGUCAACAUUGGUAAAAUGUUUGUAUCUUUUUUUUGACUUGCCUCCUUUGGAGAAUGAAGAUACAAAAACUGAACAAAGUGAUUUUACUCCAAAAGAACGUCGUAUUUUACUACAAAAAAUAUUUGUUCAAAUAUUAAUUCGAUUAUGCAGUAACCAUUUACCUGCUGAAGAAUUAGUUACAAAAGAUGAUUUGUCUUUAUUAUUUUCUGCUAUUACAAGUUCUUGUCCAUUAUUUAAUGCUGUUUGGAGGAAAUCUUCUGCUGAAGUUUUAAUAACAAUCUCACAACAUGGACUUACGCCAAAAGUUAUACAGUAUAUUCAUGGUAUAUUAAAACAUUUAUUUUAGCUUAUAUAGCUAUUUUUAUAUAAAAUAAUAACAUUUAUAUCACUAUAAAAAUUUAGGAAAAAACUGUAUUGAAAUGUGUAUUGAAAAUAUGCGACAAUGUGCAGAUUUAAGUCCAUUGGAAGUAGUUGAUAUGUUUGUUACUGUAUCAUACUUUUUAAAAGAUUCUUCUGAGGUAUCACAAGUAUUACUUGAUGAUUUUAAUGCUGCACAAGGAUAUAAGUUUCUAUCUGAUUUUCUUUUAAGGUAAGUUAAUAAGAUAUAAUUAAUUUAUUAAUUUUUUGUUGUUCUAAGUAGGGUAUCAUUAGUAAUUAUUUAUACAAUAAAUUGAUAUAAAUUCAUACUAAUGUAUACAAAAAAUUCUACCCAAAGUUAUGCAUAAAGUUUUGCGAUAGGUACCUAUAUUGAAAUAUUGCUGUUAAUGUUGUUUAUUAAUUUUUAGUCUAGAAAAUGAUGAAUCAAGUGAAGCUCUUGAAGCAAUGAGAAAUUUUGUUCUAAUAAUUGCAUCACUUUCAAUGAGUGGUUAUAUGGAAUUAAAACCUAGUCAAGAUCAGACAGACCCAUUAUUUCAACUUGUUGGAUUCUCAUUUCCACAACCUACUGGGCGCGGUAUGUAUAAGCAGUAUAUUUAUUUUUAUAUUUUUGUACAUAUUUUAUUUUUAAUAAGUUAAAAAUUUAUUUUAGGUCAAAGUGUACGGAAUGUAUCUGCGUUUAAUGUUCUUCAAACUGCAUUUAUUCGUUCAGAUUCUAGUGCGCUUUGUUGUACAAUUCUUGAUGCAAUAUCAAAUGUUUAUCACUCUGAUAAUGCCAAUUACUUUAUAUUAGAACCACAAAAUACGUUGCCACAAUUUGCUGAACAUAUACAUUUAAAAAAUCAACAAAUUCAAGACAAAUUUUUCAAGCUUUUAGAGUUUAUUGUUUUUCAACUUAAUUUUGUGCCAGUUAAAGAAUUAGUAUCAAUGGCUCAAUUGCUGAAAACAUUUAGUUCAACAGAAUGUAUUAAGAUAUGUUUGCAAACUUUACUAAAUAUACUUAAGCAUAAUAGUGCAUUUAAAGAUGUAUUUAGGGAUGUCGGCAUACUCGAGGGCUUAUCAAAUAAUUUAAGGAACUAUACACAAGACUUUCUCUCUGACUCUGAAUCAAAAGGUAAUUUUAGAAUAGUUUUUAAUAAUUUUAAUAUUUAAAAAUAUAUACAUUUAACUGGAAAGAUAGGAGAUAAAAAUGGCCUGAGAUAAUAAUUGCAUAGAGUUAAGGUUAUUUUUUACCUUCUGAAUAUUUUAUUAACAGAGAUUAAUAUUUAAAUACUUUGUUAGUAUUUGACAGUUAAACGCUUGUUAUUGGUUUUUAAAUUCAUAAUCGUACCAUAUAUAUAAUUUACUAUAUCGAUUAAUCUAUUCAAAUUUUUAAUUAUAUUAAGAUGAAAAACGUGAUGGUGAUUUAAAACGCGUGAUAAACUUAACAGCAGAAUGUCUAGUUAAUCUUAUGAUGUCUUCACCAACAAAUUGUAAAGUUUUCAAAGAAUGUGGAGGUUCCCAAGUACUAUAUAUCAUACUUGAAUAUCCAUCAACACGUCAGUAUGCCACAGGUAAUUAUUUUUUUUUAUAAUACUAACAAUUUAAUUAUGAGAAGGUACAUGGUUAUUUCAUUUCUUUAGCUAUAUUAAGAGAAAUGAUAUUGAGUACUGGUGGUGAAGAAGAAAUGACUACUCUUUUGGGUACACUUCAUACAGCUGACCAUACUUGUAUACCACUAAAAUCAAGCAUUUUAAAAUUAUUUUUGAGUUGUAUGAAAGAGAGCCACCGUACGAGAACUAUGUUUCGUCGGGUUGAUGGUUUUGUUUAUGUUGUAAGUGCAUUGGUAUCGAUGGAAGGCUGGUUUUCAGAUGAAAAACAAGUAGAUCAAGAAGCUUUAAAAUUUGCUUAUGCAAUUUUUAAUACCAUUACCAUAGCUAUGCGAUUUGAACCAGCAAAUGCUAAGUAUUUUCAUCAAGAAGUAAGUAAAUCAAACUAAAGAAACUACUAAUUUAUUCACUAUACUGUUAGAUUCUGAGUGAAUCGUGGAAUUUAUUGGUUUUACUAUUUUUACGAUUUACCUGUUUUCUAGGCAAAAUAUUGAUACAAUCAAAAAAUAGCAAGAAACCUUUUUUAUUGAAUUUGAAAUUAGUUGGUUAGUAAGAAAUUUGGGUUUUGGUUUUCCAACCAGUUUUCAUAAUAGUUGGGAAACCCCCAAAAAAUAGGAAAAUUUACUGCCUUAAUGGUUUUGUUAUUUUCAAUUUUGGUUUGUUGUAAAUUAUGAUAGUGAGAAAGUUAAAAGUUUUACAGAAUACUAGCCUUUUCUAGACUUGGUAAAACUUUUAAAACAUUUUAUGGAUUUUUAAAUUAUUAAUAGGCAUUUAUUUUUAGUUUUUAUUUGGUAGGUACUAUGUGCUACUUUCAAAUUUAACACUAUUUUCAUUAUAAGUUGUAAUUAAUAAUAAAAGUUGAACAUAAUAAGGUCAUUUUUUUUAAAUAAUCAUUUUGAGAUGCAUAAACAUGUAUAAAUAAACUUUGCUCAGAUGAAUAUUUUAUUAGCAACAGUUUAUUGUUGCUUACGGGUUCAAUAAAUAACUUAUUUAUCCUAAUUUUUUAUUUAGAUUUGUUUGACAAGUUUAUGUGACACAUUAAGAUUAUUGGGCUGUUUUUCCAAUGAAACUCAACUAGAUGAUUAUAUUGAUUUGAUAACUACAUCAUUAGAAGAAAACGUUUUUCAUAACAUAUUUACAAGCAAUAUAAGUAAUCCUGUGUAAGUACCAAAAUAAAUACCUGCUAAUUAUUAUUUCAUAAAAUUUCAUUUUCAAUAGUGUUAUAAAAACUUCAUUUUCCAUCAUAUUUUAUGUUUUUGACAAUUUAGAGAGAAUAAAUGAAAAAAGAUCUUGUAUAUUCACUAUCAUUCCUAAAGUUGAGAAUUAUUUAUGAAAAUAAAUAAGUUAAAAGUAAACUUUUAAUUUGUUUUAUGUUGAUUUUUUUAAUGGAAAUAGCUAAUAGGUAGUAUAGUUUAUUUUACUUUAAAUAUACUAAUAUAAAUUUAAUUUUUUAAUGGGUAUUAAAAAUAAUAUUUUGUACUAUUCUAACAUAUUGAUUAUUAUUUAAAAUUGCAAUAAUUAGAAAUGGUUUGUAUUAUAAUUGUCUUACUGAUAUGUACAUGUCCAGCUCAUUAACAAAAUCUUAAAUUUAAAAAAAAAUUGUUUUCAGACUUACAGAUAACGUUCCUAAGUUUUUAUCUUAUGCCUGUCUAAUAAUGAGAAUGCUGUAUGAUAUUGCUCUUGAUUUAUAUGAUAAGCAGAGUAAUACCACAGUUGUAACAUUUAAGUCACCUGCCCACAGACGAUAUAGUGAAGUUAGAUUUUGUUUUAGACUAUUUAAUAAAGUCUGGAUUAAAUACUAAUUCUGACUGUAUUUAGGUGGCUACAAAACCUCUAGAUUGUCAAAAUAAUAAUCGUCGUACAAUACAACUCAAUUUAACUCCUCCUGCGCCAGAUCCAAUUAUUGUUCACGCUGGUGUUGUAAUUGCUAUGUUACAACUAUUACCAUCAAUUUACAAUCCAUCAGCUCCUAAAGUAUGAUGUUUAAGUAUUAUAAGUAUUUUAAGUGUUACUAAAUUAAAAUAUUUUAUUUUCCAGCUAUCACUUACAUUACAAGUAUAUAUAGGUGAAGUUAUCAGAUCUUUAGUGCGCGGUGAAAGAAAUCAACAGCUUUUAUGUGAUUCUGGAUUUCCAACUACUGUAUUAAAAGUAGGGAGAAUAGCAUUAUUGGAAGAAACACAUCCACUUCACACAGUGUUUCAGUAUAUGUUAGAACGUUUAGCUAUUCAGUUAUUAGAGCCAAAAGAUUUGCGAGAAUUUUUGAGACUUGGUGAACCCCUUUGUUGUGUCCCAUUAGAUUUACUGGACUGUUGGAUAAGUCAUAGUAGUAAAAAACCAGGUGGAACAGUACCGUUAAGUCGUGUAAAAACACUUGUAUCUAUGACUACCCCUAGAGAUCCUUGUAUGCUUACAUUACCUCCAUUUUUUGAAAUGGAUUUAUCUUCUGAAGGUUUUGGAUGCUUAUUUUUACCUAGUAUUGCCCCGCAGUCUCCAAUUAGUGGACCUUCAGUUGUUAAUGUUGCUACACUAACUACUCCCGAUAUGAAUGUAAUUGGAGGAAUAGGAACUGGUUGGUAAAUUUAUUUCAAUUAAUAUGAAGUUAUUUGUUAGCAAUUAUAUUAUACUUUUCUUUUUUUAAAGGUGAUCGAAUGUUCCCUCCACAAAGUGGUCUUAGUUAUUCAACAUGGCUGUGCGUUGAAAAAUUUUCAGAACCAAGAACUGAUCCUCAUCCAGUUCGGCUUCUAACUUUAAUAAGAAAUGUACAAAAUACUAGAGAUCAUUUAGUUUGUUUAGCAGUAGUAUUGUCUGCUCGAGACCGAGCUCUUACUAUAUCCACCCAAGAGACUCCAAUAUCAAUGAGUAUGUUGUGUAUUCAAUUUUAUUAUAAACUUGGAACAAUAGCUGUCACCAUUUCGCCAUCGCCUCUUUGCAGCAGAGCCUGUUUUGCCAUUUUAACGUGUAAAACCAUUUCGCUGUUACAAAAAAAUUUACUAAUAAAAAAAACAUUAACUUAGAAAUAUUAUAUUUAUAUAUAAUUCAUUUUAAAGAUAUAUUUUGAGUAUUAUACAUUUAUUCUACAUAUUGAAUAAUAGUCAAAAAAAAAUGUUUAAGAUAAUGUUAAAGAUGUUAUGUAGGUUACUACAUAACAUUCGUCAAUAUUUAAUAAUAAUAAUAAUAAGAUUAUAUACUUUGAGAAAUUUCUUGCAAAAGUGAAGUGAAACUAAGAUUUUUGUAAUUAUUCACAAUGUUUAUUAAACAUUUUAUCGACGUAUAAUAUUUUCAACUAUUAUUUUGGUGGACUUCUCCUCGUUUCCAAUUGUGCGUAGUAUUUAUCAUGGCUAGAUUGUAUUUUACAGAGACUUGAAGUAAAUGACUAUAAUAUUGUUAGAUGGCUGACACCCAUUUCAGUAUUUAAUCUAAAAUAUUAUUUAUAAUCAUUUGAACCCAUAAAAAUGAAAUAUAUUAUUAUUAAAAUCUGGUGCUUUUUUUAUUUUUUUUUUUGAAGGCAAAAUGGCCUUAUGUUGAAAUAGGUUCUAUUGUGAAACGGCAAUGGCAAUUUGACCAAGAUUAAUUUUAUUUAAUAUUUAUAAUUUGUAAUAUAUUAAAUUUUCAUUUCAGCCAAUGCUGAUUGGGAGCCAAAAGUUAUUGGUGAUUCAUGUGCUAGAAUAUGGUAUCCAGAUCUUGUACAAGAAGGCCAGUGGCAUCAUAUUGUAUUAGUUUUGAAUAGAGCUGUGUUAAAAAAUUCAUCUUUUUCAUUAUAUAUGGAUGGUCAACACAUACAUACUCAAAAGGUAAUAUUUUGCCCUAGUACAAAUAUUUGCGAUGCAUAUAAAUUUUGUUUUAAUUUUUUUAGUUACAUUAUAUAUCUCAAAAUCCUGGUGGGGGUGCAGCUAAUUUAACAAUUGCAUCGUCAGUAUAUGGAUAUAUUGGGACACCUCCAAUUUGGAGAAAAUAUUCAAAAUUAACAUGGAAACAAGGACCUUGUUGUUUAUUGGAAGAGGUAUUAAAUCCUCAUGCUAUAAAAAUAUUGUAUCAGUUAGGUCCUCAUUAUUUUGGAAGUUUACAAGCCCCUGAUAUUAAAGGUAUUCAAUAAAUUUGUAUUAUUUAAUUCAAAUUUUAAACUAAUAGUAUUAAUUAAAUACAUAUGCUCAUUUGAUUUUAAAUAAGAUUUAGAACAUAUUGGACCAUUAGUUUCCGAAGAAAAAGUAAUUUUUGGAUUGAAUGCGAGGGCAGUUUCUCAAUUGACUUUGGCAAAAAUACGAAAAAUUUACAGCAGAGUGGAUAGCAAGUCUAUUGCAAAACAAGUAAAUAUUUUUGAUUGUUUAAAAUUACAAUAAUUAUAGAUUAAUUAAAUUUUAAAUUUCUCAAAUCUAAAAAAAAAAAAAACUAAAAACUAUAUUUUAUUAUAAAUUUAUGUAUAUUUUUAAUUUAACUUUUUAUUAAUGAAUAACGAUUAGUAUAAUAUAACUUUACAAACAUUCAUAAGUUAAUAAAUUUGAGAUCUUUUCAAAAGUAUAAUUUAUCAUAAUUACUAAAAAUAUUAAUAAAUAAUAAGUAUUUAGGUAUAUAAUUUGAUUUGUCUUUUUCUUAGCUUGGGAUGUCAACUCAUGAAAAUGCUACACCUAUUCGUAUAAUGCAUAACACUGCUGGGCAUUUAGCUGGAUCUGCUAGAAGUUUGGGUGGUGUUAUAUUAGGAUAUUUGGGAGUUCGAACAUUUUAUCCUCGCCCAGUGUUAAAAUUAAUUGAUAAUAUUGGAGGUUGUUCUGUAUUAUUGGGUAAAAAUGAAAUUAGUUAACAUUAUGUUUUUAUAGUAGCUAUAAUAUUAUAAAAAUUAUUAUGUUUAUUAUUAUGAUAUAUUUAGGUUUAAUUGCAAUGGCAAGAGAUAUGGAAAGUUUAUAUGCUGCUGUUAAAGCUUUAAGUGGAGUUCUACAGUUAAAUAUGACAGCUAAACGAGAGAUGGAACGUAAACGCGGUUAUCAGCUAUUAGCAUUAUGUUUACGUAGGCAUAAACAUAUGCUGAAUGCUCAUAUUCUUCAUAUAAUACUUGAUUUAGUAAUAACAACAAGAAAUGUUGAAGCUCCAAGUAUACCAGAUGCAGUUGCAUUCAAUGAUUUGAUUUGCGAAUUGAAUGUAUGUACAUUGAAAAUUAAAUUUGACAUCAAUAAUUAAUAAUUAUUACGAUUCAUUAUAUUUAUAUUUUUAAAAGCAGUGCUUUAACUAUGAAGGCAACAUAUUUAUUAUUAGAGUUAUCAAAUUUGACAAAGUACCAGGUCCAUAGUAAUAUCCAUUUUUUUUUUCGGAUGUUGGAUAACAAUAAAAACGUUUACCAGUUACCAUUUAUUUGAAUAUUGAUCUUAAAAUAGAUUUCUCUUUGGUUAUAAAAUAAAUAUUACACAUAACACAAUACGCAUACUAUAAUCUUAAUAAAUUUGUAUUUGGUCUUAUCUCAUAAAUAGAAAGCAAUUUAUUCAUAUCUUUCACUCAGUAUCUGUUUUUUUUAAUGUUUCAAAAGGAGAAAAUUAAAGUAUUUUUUCAUUAUUUUUGUUAAUUUUACUAACAAAUGGAUUACUAAGGUUACUACAAUAAAACCUUAUAACAGAAUCGCUUGGUACCAACUGAAUAAUCAAAUUGAUAGAUAAAUAAGUUUUAAUUUAUGUUGCCCAAUAUGGAUAUUUUAUAUAAUGCCUGGACAUUGUAAAAAACACCCGAAUUGUAUACUUUGCCCAUGACAUAUGUAUAAAAUAUUAGAGUCAUAUUGAAUGGCUCUAAUAAUUGUUAAAUAUAAAUAAAAAUCUUUAAAAACAUUAUUAUACAGAACAAAAGUUGUUGCAUUUGAAAUUUUGUGAUCACUCUGUAUAUUUAACAUUGUCAUUCCUAUAUCAUGUUUCUAAUUUAUUGCACCCUUCACAUUAAAUAAUGAAAAAUAAAUAAUUUUAGGUAUUAGAUUCACAUGAUUCUAAAUAUUUUUACUAAUAUAGUUUUUUAAUUAAAAUUAUUUAGCUUUGGCAAGAAGUCCCAGGUGGUCUUUUACGGUCUCUUCUUGAACAGUUGUAUGAAUUGGUAUCAGACUCUAAUGAAAAAAAAAACAAUUUAAUUAUAUUGAGGAAUAUGGAAAUGGUCCGCAAAAUGGUGAAUUUUUUACCAAUUGUAUUUAAUACUUCUGCACCAUCAACUAUAGAAGUAUUAUUUGCAUUACUUGGAGCAUUAUUAGCAAAACAUCCUUUAUCUGAAGAUUUAUUAUGGUAAGUAAUUAAGUAUUAAACCAAAUAUUAAAAAUGCAUGCAAGUUUUAAAUUGUAUUAGUAGUAUUUAUUAAUAUAUAGAACAUGAUAAUAUUUUAACUACAGUAUACAAUUUCUAUUUUUAAGUUUUGGUCAGUAUAUAGUGUUCACAUUAAAUACUGGUCUCAAUACAGAAUCUAAUCUUAAAGUAGAAGAGUUUGAAAUAAGAAUAAAGGCUAUGGAAAAUAGUGUUGAACUAACCAAUGAAGAUAAAACAAUUUGGUUAAUAUUAUUGCGGAAUCGUUGUUUGCAACUUAUGCAUUCACUCUUAUUCACAAAUAAAAACUUAGUGUGUACUGGGUAAAUAGAAGCAAUAUUAAAUAAUACAUAUAUUAACUAAUAUACUUUUUUUUUGUAGGUUUUGUGAUGAUUUUGUACGAGUAUUAGGUUUUGACUGGGUAAUGUUAUUCAUGCAAUCGAAUAUACAUAGUUCUUCAAUAAUUUGGACCUACAAAAUUCUUACCACUUUAUGUUCUGUACCUACAUUAAUGAUUAAAUUUAGAGAAGCAUCCAGUAAUGGUGGCUGGUUGUAUAAUACAGAACUUUUGCAAAAUAAUAAAGCAAAUCUUAUGCUAAGUAAGUUUUUAAUAAUAACUCGUUUCUAAAACUGGUAUGAUAUUUGUUUUAUUUUGACAUUUUAGAUUAUCAGCUUUCUCCAAGCUUACAAAAGAAUAAUAAAGAAGUAUUAAACAAAAUGGAAGCUUUAAACAUUCCUGGUUUUCAACACUUAACUUGGUUCUUAUCUUCACAUACUGAACUUCCUGAACUGUAUUAUUUUCUGAUGGCUUUAAUGUUGGGACAACCGGCUAAAACUAUACCUAAUGAAAAAAAAGUGGGUAUUCUUUAAAAUACUAUCUAAAAUUAAUUGUCAAUUAAAAUAUGCAUAAUAUAUAUUUUAUUCAGUUAAACCUUGAUGGAAUUUGGAUUUUUAUGUUUGGUGUUCCAAUAAGUCAGUCUUUAUCAGCUGUUAGUGAUCGUAUUGUACUAUGUUCUGAAGCUGUUACUGUUCUUUUGUCUACUGUGAGAUUAAUUUUGAACCAAGAUAACCGAGAGUAAUAUUUUAAUAUAAUAGUAAUUACUAGUCUGUAACUUUACUUUAUAUAAUUCAUUUUUGAUAUUUUUAUUCCAGAAUUAAAUAUGAAGAUUGGUUAGAAGAUCAUCCAGUUACUAUAAUUCAAUUUCUUUUUUAUCUGUAUCACAAUCUUCCAGAUUGGAUGCCAGCUUUUAUGACAUCUGAGAUUUUACACUCAUUGUGUGCUACACUUUUCCCUUAUACAAAUUUUAAUUUAAGUGAGCCAUCCACACCAAAUGAUGACUGUUUUAUUAAAACUCCAGAUGGAACUCCACCUCCAACUGUUCAAAAGGACCAUUCAUUAACUCUACAUCCAUCUAGAAAAUUUGUAAUUGAUUUCCUUAGAGUUAUUGUUGUUGAUUCAUUACUAUUACCAAUAAACAGCAAGUCAUUACCACCUCUAGAUUUAAUUCUCGAUGUAUGUAAUUAUUGACACUGAUAUUUUAUCUAUGUAUAAGUAUAUAUUGAAAGUGUGUAUUCAUUGAUAUUUGUAUAGGCAUCACCAGAAGGUGCAACUUCAUCUCAAGUAUCAAAAUAUCAAACUGAACUUCUAUCGACAUUAAUGGACCAUUUAUUAGCUGCUGAUAUUAUGAUUGGGGAACAAGCAGCUGUAUCUACUGUUCCUGGGGGUAGUUCUCAAAAUAUUCCUCAAAAUGUUUGUUAUUUAACUUGCCGUGUCGUGGACAAACUUUGGCAAGGCGUUCUGAUAAAAGAUGCACACGAAGUAUUUGAUUUUAUUAUGAAAUUAAUUGUUCAAGCAAAGCGAAGACCAUGCUCAGUACCUAUGGAAGGAUUUUAUCACUGUCUUAACAGAACUACUUUAUAUUUGCUCUCUAGAAAUACAGAUUCCAUAGCUUCACAAGUGCCCGUUUUAGAAGCAUUACAUAAACUCACAAAUAAUAGGUAAAUAAACAUACAUGUUUAAUGUAAUGUAUAUUAUGAGUAUGAUUUAAAAAAUGUAAACUAAAUAAAAUACAUAAUUUUAAUAUCCCAAUAUUUCUUUUAAUGUAGAACAUUAGUAUUUGGAGCUGGCAAUCAUGAACUGGAUUUUAUUGGCUGUCUUAUUUAUUGUUUACUGCAGUUGACUUCUGAUAUGAAAAUAAUGUAAUAUUUAAUUGUUUAUCCUAAUUACAUUAUUUAUAUAUUUCAUGGCUUUAUUAAGUUAAAUUGGCUAUUAUAGUUUUAAUAUAUUUAAUAAAUUUGUACAUUAUUUCUAUAGACUGGAUACUAAUGCAAAAACUACGUGGCAUAUAAAUCCAAAUCAAACUGCAGAAGUUGAAGAACAAACAGCUAAACAAGGACAAAAUUUAAUGGCAGUUGCAGCAAAACGUGUCUGGGAAGAAUUAUAUAUAUCCAAAAAGCCAGCUAUUGAAGAGGUAAAUUAUUAUUUAGAAUACUAUAGCAAAUAUUACAUAACUAACAAUGAUGUUUAAAAAAAGAAAUUAAUUUCAAUUUUUUUUGUGAAAUAAAAUAUUUAAAUGUUAGGUAAGUAUAUAUAUAGUUUCUUGAUUUCAUUAUAUGCAAAAGUCAUAAAUCAUUUUCUUUGUAACUUGCCCAAAUCCAACUAUGUAUAAUUUACCUACUUAGUUAAUACAUUAAUAUUAUAAUUACUUAUUUUUGAAUUUUUCUCCAACACAUUUUUAGGUUUUUAAAGUUCCAUUACCAAUGGCAUCAAAUAAUAAAGCUCCAGAUUUACAAUCUGUUCGUGAACUUAUAUAUGAGACUGCUCAAAAACAUUGGCUAACCUAUAUUGACAUGGAAAAAAAGUCAUUGUAUAAAAUGCCAUGGGAGCUGCAAAAUCAAAUUCAAUCAGUAAUAAAUAAAAUAAACAAGUAGAGUAUUUUAAUUUUUUAAGCUAUUUAUAUUAUUUCUAUAUCACUUAAUAGAAAAUACAGAAAGUCACUGGUGGCUUAACACGAUUAGCUUCUCGUAACAAAGUUCUUCGACGUGAUGAAAGCCGUUGGCAAAGUGGAAGUCUUUCAAGCAUUUCAAUACCACUAUCAAGAAUUACUAAAAGUGAAUGGUCUACAUGGGCUAGUCAUGGUUUAAAUGCAAUCUGUGAACUAGUUUCCAUGCAAGUGGCACGGCAGGCUCAGCAUCACUCAUUUACUGUUCGUUAUGUUCUGGAUCAAUGGUAUUUAAUAGAACAGGAGUUAACAAGAGAGAGAGGUCUUUGGGGUCAUUUUACUCCAUGCAAGUAAGUUAAAAUAAUAUUGAUUUAUGUAUCCAAUGUAAACAAACCUUUGAUUUUAGAUUAGACAAGUGGAUAUUAGAUAUGACGGAAGGUCCGUGUAGAAUGCGUAAAAAAAUGGUAAAAAACCAUCAGUUCUACAUUCAUUACCCAUAUCGACCAGAACUCGAAUCUGGAGACAAUGUAAAUUUUAUAUUAUUAAAUAUAUUUACAUAUGACUACUAAUUUGAACUAUUUCUUAUUUUAGAAAGGGUUAAAAUAUCGUGUAGCUACAAGUUAUGAUAGCAAAGAGUAUUGUCAAAAAUAUAAAUUACCUUCUCUAAUAGAUAUGGAAAAUUUGGCUCCACAAUCAAAUGAAAAUAAUAAAUUUAUGAAUGUAAUUGUUGGUCAAGAAACUUUUGAUUUUGACAAAAAUUUAGAAGACAGUGGUAAACAUUCUAUUAUAUUUUUUUAAAAUAAUUAUUUUGUAAAAGUUUAUAUACACAUAAAAAAAAAAUGUUUAAUAUGAAAAAGUUUACAAUUUUGAAUCAUCUAAGUUUUAAAAUUAAAUUUUGAUGAAAAUUUUAAAUAUUACGGUCUUCCAAAAUAUCUAUAACAAAACUUUGUUUCAAAUUGUUUAUUGUUGACAAUAGUUCAUAGUUGAUUAUUGGUAUAAUUUAAAUAACUUUGUACAUCCUGAUUACCUAUUUACAACAGUGGUUGCAAUUGUCUCUAGUAUCAGUUUAUUAUUAAAUGUGUACUUGUACACAAUGAAUCACAACUAUAAUAAUCACCUAUAUAUACAAAAUAAUAAUAUUUUAACCAAUUAACAGCAUUCAAUCCAAAAUGUAAUUAUUUCUUGUUGGCAACUUAAAUAUUAAAAUAUUUAUUGUGUAUACAUUUGUCUAACGUUUCAAUUUUUAGAAUUGCCAUUCAAAGGAUUGAAACGUGCUGUUAGAAGAUCAACAUCUGAGCCAGAAGAUGGAAUUGAUGAUUAUGAUACGGAAAGUGGAAUUGAAGACCAAGCACCACCAGAUGAUAAUCAUACAAUAAUUCGACUUUUGGAACCAAAUGAAAAAGUAAGAUUAUAAAACAUAUUAUAGUAUAGUUAAUAUAUUUAGUUAAUACAUAAUGUUUAUCACUUUAGAUUAGUCAUAUGUUUCGGUGUGCAAGAAUUCAAGGUCUGGAUACAUAUGAGGGUUUACUUUUAUUCGGUAAAGAUCAUGUGUAUAUUGUUGAUGGCUUUACGUUACUUAAAACUAGAGAGAUAAGAGAUAUUGAUACUUUAUUGCCCAAUUCAUAUGAGCCAUUAUUACCAAGUCCUGGAAAUGGAAGUCCCAACCGGGUGCGCAUUAAAAAACAAAGUUCAAAAUUUUCUUAUGAUGAUAUAAGGUACAUCAAAAAUAUUAACUAUACUUAAUAAAAAAAAAAUUAUAAUAUAUUUUAAUAAAAAUGUAGGGAAGUGCAUAAACGACGAUAUCUACUACAACCAAUUGCUGUUGAAUUGUUUUCUGCUGAUGGGCGUAAUCAUUUAUUAGCUCUUCCAAGAAAACUUAGAAAUAAAGUUUUCAAUCGGUAACAUAUUUAAAAUUGUUGUUAAUGCUCAUUUUUAUAAUGUGCCUUCUUGGUUCAAACACAUUUUUCUUGUAGUCUUUUAAAAUGUUUGUUAAAAAUAUUUGAUGCAUUGUAAACAAUUGAAUUAAAAAUUAAAUGUGUUUAAAGAUUUAUGGCAUAUUCAACCUCUAUAGCAGAUAAUGCUCAUCAAUCUGUUGCUGGGCAAAAAAGAACUGCAAAUGUUGAACAGAGCACAAGUCUUCUUUCAAAUUUAAUGGGAGAAACCACAGUUACUCAAAGAUGGGUGGUAAGUGUAAAGGAAAAAGAUUAUAUUUAAUUUAAUAUGACAAUAUAUAAGACAUAUUUCACACAAUAGAUGGGCUAGUGUUGUAGGUGAAAAGUUGUGAAGGUAGGAUUUAGAUGAGAAUUCAAUGUAUAUAUAUACGCAAUAGUUAAUCUUUACUAAUGAAAAACUAUUCCGAGCAGAGUUUGGUUACAAUACACAUGUUUUGAAAGGCUGUAAUUUUUAUGAUUUUCAUCAAAAUUUGAUUUUAAAACUUAAAAAAACAAAAAAUACCAUAUUACAUUUAUUUUUUUUGUUCGUCCAAAAUUAUAGUAAAUCUCUAAAUAAACCACCCAUCAAAUUUUCAAGUUUUCUGUUUGAUCUAACAAUUUUAACCGCAGUGUACCAAUUGAAUAAAAAUUAUGUAAAAAAUUUAAAUGUCUAUAAAUAGACAUUUACUAUUAUACUAUUCCAUUAUUGGCAUAUGCUGAUGAUAUAGUACUGAUGGACAAAUCUCAAGCUGGAGUUAAACAGCUCUGUGACAGACUUAAUGACGCAGCACAGAAAGUAGGACUACAAAUUAAUGAACAAAAAACUGAAUAUAUGAUUAUAGGUAGACAAAAUUGGAUGGAUCAUGUUUUAGAGGUAGAUCAUUUUAAAUUUAAGAGAGUCAAUUCUUNAAGCGGGAAACAGGACUUAUUAUGGUUUGGAGAAACUAUUAAGUUCUAAAUCAUUAUCAAGAGAGAUAAAGAGACGUUUGUAUACUAGUCUAAUACGGCCAGUGAUAUUGUACGGAUUGGAAACCGGGGCACUAAGGAAAUCAGAUGAGAAUAAGUUUUUAAUACUAGAAAGGAAAAUAUUACGAAAGAUCUUCGGUCCAAUAAAAGAUAACAUCACAGGAGCGCGGAGAAGAAGGAAAAAUAUAGAGCUACAAGAAAUUUUUAAUGAAAAUAACAUAGCAGGGACAAUCAAGAAAAAAAGGUUGCGGUGGGCAGGACAUGCAAUGCGAAGCCAGAACUCUUUACUAAGAAUGGUUUUAGAACAGAAUCCAUUAGGAAAAAGGACUUUGGGAAGACCAAAAUUGAGAUGGGAAGAUUUAGUUAAGAGAGAUAUAGAAGACUUAGGAGCAAACUGGAAGGAUUUGGCGAUAAAUAGAGAUGCCUGGAGAAUUGGUUGUGACACGGGAUGGUCCUAGCGGCCGAUUAACCCAAGAAAAAAAAAAAUAAAUAAAUAAAUAGCUCAAAAAUGUCUAGCAAAAUUGUAAAUAAUACAUUUCAUACAUUUUCCCCAAUUUUUCUUAUACUCUUUCCCAAUUAUUAUGAAAACCAUUUGGAAAAUCAAAAAAUGGCUCCCUAAGGUACUAUGUAGUUUGUCUACAAUUUUGUAUUAUCCCUACAAUUUUUUCAUACAUUUUCAGAAAUAUAAUUAAAAAAGUAAACAUCUUUGGAAAAUCAGAAUCUUCUUUUUUCACUUAAUCUUUGUUCAGAAUUUAAAAAAGGUUCUUUUUCAUUAUAUUUAGAUUUUAAGUAGAAAUAACAUAUUUAAUUUUUAAUUUUUUUAUUUAUUAUAAAUUACGGGACAAGCCCAGUUUAAAUUGAUUAUUCUUAUAUUCAACAUAUAUUUUACUUAUAUUAAAUUUAUAAUAAUUUUAUAUUUACUAUAUUUUAUUUGGCUUACGUCAUCAUCAGGUUGCUGAUAAAGAAUGCUAUUUAAUGGUUUACAUAAAACAAUUUAAAAAAAGAACAAUUUAAAUUUUAAAAUGAUUAUGUUUAUUUUUAUUUUUAAAUUUAUAUUGUUCCUUUGUUCCUUUUUUAAAAUUGUUCUAUGUAAACCAUUAAGUAACAUUCUAUAUCAGCAACCUGGUGAUGGCAUAAGCUGAAACUACAUAGUUGUGUAAAUAAAACUUAUUAACACUUUAUGUUAAUAUAUUUUUUGAAUAAAAUUUUUUUGUGUAUAAUUAAAUAAGUGUCAAAACAUCUCAAAUACAUAAUUUAUUUUUAUUAUAUUGAAGUACAUGGGUAAAAAAAUGAUAAUUUUACAUCAGUAUUUUAUCUAUACAUUUUUGUUUUGUAUUAAAUUUGUUUUUUAUAGAAAGGAGAAAUAUCUAAUUUCCAAUAUUUAAUGCAUUUAAAUACAUUGGCUGGUCGGAGUUACAAUGAUCUUAUGCAAUAUCCAGUAUUUCCUUGGAUAUUAAAUGAUUACGAAUCUGAUGUACUUGACUUGUCUAAUACUGCUAUCUUCAGAGAUUUCUCUAAACCAAUGGGUGCUCAAUGUCCUCAGCGGCUUGAACAGUUUUUAAAAAGGUACAACAUAGUAUAGUACAUUUAAAUAAAUUUAUUUUUUCUCCCCAAACAAUUUUACUUAAUCAAAUGGAGUUUUACCAAACAAUGUCUUUCUAUUUUUCCUUCUUUUGCUCUUUUCCUUGUAGUAAUACUAUAGAUUUCAUAAUUUUUUAUUUUAGAUACCGCGAAUGGGAUGACCCUCAUGGCGAAACUCCUCCCUAUCAUUUUGGUACACAUUAUUCUUCAGCUAUGAUUGUAUGUUCAUAUUUAGUUCGUAUGGAACCAUUCACUCAGCAUUUUCUCAGGCUACAAGUUAGUUAUUAGUUAAUUAUGUAUUUGUGUAGUAUAGAACUAAUAUUAGUUUAUACUAAACUACUUUUAUUUAGGGAGGACAUUUUGAUUUGGCAGAUCGUAUGUUCAAUAGUAUUCGAGAAGCAUGGUUAUCUGCUUCUAAAACCAAUAUGGCUGAUGUAAAAGAACUUGUACCAGAAUUCUUUUAUUUGCCAGAAUUUUUGGUUAAUUCUAAUAAUUUUGAUUUGGGUAUUUUGUUUAAAAUUGCUAUUUUUAUACUAUUCUUAUUAUUUUGGAAUAUAAAUAAUUUUAGGAUGCAAGCAAAAUGGUGUACAGUUAAAUGAUGUAGUUUUACCACCAUGGGCUAAAGAUGAUCCACAUGAGUUUAUACGAGUACACAGAGCUGCACUUGAGUCGGAAUAUGUUUCACAACAUCUUCAUGAAUGGAUAGAUUUAAUAUUUGGCUAUAAGCAAUUAGGCCAACCCGCUGUACAGGCUUGUAAUCUUUUUCACCAUUUAUUUUAUGAAGGAAAUGUUGAUAUAUAUAGGUAAAUUUUAAAUUUUUUUAAAUUGAAUAAAUAUUUAUUUUUAUUUCUAUUUGUUUAUACAGUAUUGAUGAUCCAUUGAAGAAAAACGCGACCAUUGGUUUUAUAAAUAAUUUUGGUCAAAUUCCAAAGCAGCUUUUUAAAAAACCUCAUCCAUGUAAAAAACAACCCAACAAUAGAACAUCAAUGCUCGAUGCUGCUAAUCCUAUUUUAAGUUCUAAUACUAAUUCAACUUUUUAUGAUAAGCUUUUCUUUUAUCAUUUAGACAAUCUUAAACCAUCAUUACAACCAAUAAAAGGUUUGUUGAUAAAAUAAUUAAUAAUAUAUAAUUUUAAUUUUAAACAAUUACAUUUUAUGUGAUUUCAGAAUUAAAAGGUCCUGUUGGUCAAAUUCUACAAGUUGAUAAGAAUGUAUUGGCUGUUGAACAGAAUAAAGCAUUGAUGCCACCUAGUUUUAAUAAAACUAUUACAUGGGGUUUUGCUGACCAUAGUUUGAGGUUAGCACAAUAUGAAACUGAUAAACCAAUUGUAAUUUGUGAAAGUUCAAGUCAAUCACCUGGUGAAAUUGUAACUUGUGUUUGUCCUACUUCAAAAACUGUUAUCACAGCUGGAACUAGCACAGUAAUGUUAAACAUAAUUUUAAACAUUUACAAUUUUAAAUUAAUAAUUUUAAAUUUAUGCAGGUUUUGACUGUAUGGGAGUUAGAUUUAAACAAUAAAUCUUUAAAAAUUGUUGAUAAUUUGUAUGGCCACACAGAAGCAGUUACUUGUUUGGCUGCUAGUGAUACAUACAAUAUUGUUGUUUCGGGUAGCAGAGAUUGCACAGCUAUAGUUUGGGAUUUAUGUACAAAAGCUUUUGUGAGACAGUUGAAGAAACAUAAUGCUCCAGUUGCAGCUCUAGCAAUUAAUAACUCAACAGUUAAUAAAAUCUUGAAUAUUUAAUUAUUUAUUUUUUUUGUAUGACAAUUUGUUAAAUUUGUUUUAAAAAUUAUUAGGGUCAAAUAGCUUCAUGUGCUGGUACUAUGUUACAUAUUUAUACUAUAAAUGGGGAAGAAUUAGCGAAUGUUGAUACUAGUGUUGGACGUGCUGAUAGAAUGCAGCAAAUAUUAUGUGUAGCUUUUUCACAAGCUAUUGACUGGGAUCCUCAAAAUGUUAUUAUUACAGGGUCAUCGGAUGGAGUUGUUAGAGUAUGUGUGCUUAAAAAUAAAGUAGUUUUUACUUUGUACUUAAAGUAAUUAAUAUUCAAUAGAUGUGGUCGAUGGAAUAUGUGCAAGUUCCUAAAAUUCCAUUUAAUAGCUUGGCAAAAGAGUUUUCAGUGUCUAAAGAAUGUGGUGAUGAAAAGAUUAAAGACAUUGGAGAAAGUAAUAAUAUACUAAAAACUCGACCAAUUGCUGUUCAAAGGCUAGUGAAACAACUAAGUAUAUCCUCAGAAACUAUUAAUGAGCAAGGAUUAGUAAUAAAAAGUGGAUCUGAGAGCAGUCUUUCAGAAUAUGAACCUAAAACCCCUAUAAAAAAGAUUGAAGGAGUUGAUAAAAUAGGUUUUGAAAAUGAUGAAAUUGAUUCAACUCCUACAGUUCCAAUUAGAAAAAAGAGGUAUUUUUAACUACCUAUAAUUUAAUUAAUCGUAAUUAUUUUCAUUAUUAUUUUAAUUUGUAUUUAGAGCAAUUAAACCUAAUCCAUUGCUUAGAAAAUCAGAAUGUAACACAUCCAGUUCUACUGAUGAGCCAAAUAUCCAACAAGAAACUUUAUCAGUUGCUGAUUCAGGAUUACGGUUAAGUAAAAGUGAAACUAAUCUCAUUGAAUCAUUUAUUGUUGUUGAUCCAGAUGAUUUAAGUCCAAAACCUAAACCAGUCAGUCCUUUACAUAGAUUGAGGGAUGGUGUGUUUAAAAUAUUAUUAUUUAAUUUAUUGAAAAAUUUAAAACUGAUAAUAAAAUUUGUUACGAGACAGGUUUUCAGUGGCAACGUCAGUUAGUAUUUCGUAGUAAAUUGACUAUGCAUACAGCGUAUGACCGUAAAGAUAAUACUGAACCAGCUUCAAUAACAUGUAUUUCAAUUUCAAAGUAUGUUUAAAUAUGUAAUGAAAAUGAUGGGAUCAUAAUUGUUAUUUGGACUGUGUAUAGGGACCAUAAAACAGUUUAUGUAGGGGACGCUAGAGGUCGUGUUUUUACAUGGAAUGUAGCUGAACAGCCAGGUAAAGGUGUAGCUGAUCAUUGGUUAAAAGAUGAAGGAGCAGAGCAGUGUAAUUUAUGUGAUGUAAAAUUUUCUCUGUAUGAGAGACGACAUCAUUGCCGCAAUUGUGGACAAUUAUUUUGUUCAAAGUAAUUAUUGCUACUUUUUAAUGACUGAGAAAUAAAAUUAUUUUAAUAGUUUUGCUAUCAUAAUUUAAUUAUUUUAUUUUUCUUAGGUGUAGCAAAUAUGAAUCUGAAAUAUCAAGAUUACGAAUAUUAAAACCAGUGCGGGUGUGUAAGCCAUGCCACACAUCAUUGCAGGCAGCCAAACACACUUAG